AUUCCUACACUCAGUAAAUGCAACAGUCACCACCGGACAAACAUGGCGACGUGCAUCGGCGUGGUAGCGAGAGUCGGAGGCGCCGCACUCAGCGUGUUGAAGCCGGUGUGUAGACAGGCUGCGGGGCGGAGGACACGCCUGUUCGUCCCGCAGCGCCUCUGUCACGGCGGCCGGAGCAGCCUGUACGACCAUGUCCGUGAAGGGUACAGCGACAAGCCCGAGCUGGACAUGAGGGAGGUGUGUGAGGAGACCGACAAAGUCAUCGCUAAUGUGGAGAGCAGGAAGGGCGACCUGCGGCCGGACGAUGUCAGGAAGAUUGUAUGUGUGUGGCAGGAGCUCCAGGCAGUGAGGACAGAGAUCUCUGAGCUGGAGAAGCUGAAGAGACACAUCAGUGACACAGUCAGAGCUCUAGUGAAGAAGAAUGACAAGAAAGCUCUUGCCAAUCUUCAGGAGUACACCCAGGCUCUGCAGAAGGGGCGAGAGAUUCGCAGCAGGCUGAAUCAGCUCUACACUGCAGAGACUGAGCUGGAUCAGGAGCACUACAGCCGAGCGCUCAGAUUGCCCAACACAACACACCCUGACGUGCCAGUUGGGGAUGAGAGCCAGGCGAGGGUGGUGGAGCUGGUCGGAGAGAAACCUGCGUUUGACUUCAAGCCAAGGGGCCACGUAGAACUGGGCGAGGAGUUGGGUCUCAUCAGGCAGAGGCAUCUAUCUCACGUUUCAGGCCACAGGUCCUAUUAUCUGAGGGGAGCAGGGGCCAGACUUCAGAUCGCUCUUCAAAACUUCGCCCUCGACACACUGCAGCAACGGGGCUUCAUUCCCAUGGUUGUACCUGACGUGCUGAAGGGGGCAGUGUUUGAGGGUUGUGGGAUGCAGCCCAAUGCUCACCGCUCUCAGGUCUACUCCCUGGACCCGGCUCGGUUCGUGGAUCUCAACCUGGCUGGGACUGGAGAGGUCGGGACAGCAGGCUAUUUCAUGGAUCAUGCAGUAAACUGGAAGGACCUGCCUGUCAGGUCGGUGUGCAGCAGCACCUGCUACAGAGCAGAGACCGACACCGGCAGAGAGACGUGGGGCCUCUACAGAGUUCAUCACUUCAACAAGGUGGAGAUGUUUGGAGUGACUGCAGAUGAGACAGGAGAGGAGAGCUCUCAGCUGCUGCAGGACUUUGUCUCCUUGCAGAAAGAGAUGUUCUCUGCACUGGAGUUACACUACAGAGUACUGGACAUGCCGACACAGGAACUGGGUCCUCCUGCUUACAGGAAGUAUGACAUAGAAGCCUGGAUGCCAGGGAGGAACAGUUACGGAGAGAUUUCCAGCGGAUCCAACUGCACCGACUACCAGAGCAGACGCCUCAACAUCCUGUAUGAGAGAGAGGACGGCAGCCUGCAGUACGCCAACACAGUGAAUGCUACAGCAUGUGCCAUCCCCCGAACCAUCAUCGCGAUCCUGGAAACGCAUCAGACCAAAGAGGGAACAGUGCGUGUGCCCCGAGCCCUGCAGCCUUAUUUGGGUCUAGAAGUGAUCGAGAAGCCAACGUACUCUGCACUGAAAUACAUUGGACCCAACCAACACAAUCGACCACCCAGGCCUGCUCCGAAGGCUAGAUGACGUGACUGCAAGUGAAGAGCUCUGACCCCCGGCUGUCAUCUUCAAACACCUGAGGUGUCAAUUCAGAUCCAACACCAUCAAAUCACCUGAGACAGAAAGUCCAUAUGUGACAAAUAAGCAUAAGGAAAUCUUGACUACAGUUUGUUGUCCAUUUAAAAGGUUGUGAAUAAUCUCUUUUGUGCUUCAAAUGAAAUUCCUUGAAUUGAAUGAAUUGAGUGCACCAGUGUUUUGAGAUGAUUGGAUCAGACCUCAGUCAAUGAGGUCUGGUCAGUGUAAAUAUUUUUGUCAUUUUGUAAAAUGCUAUGAAAUUGUGAAUGGAAGCCUGAAUGUGUGUUGUCUCCAUGACAGAAACACACACAAAAUGACCUUGAUGACAGUGUGACCUUAAGAGGAAUGUGGAAAUUAGUGAAUAUGGGGGAGACGCUGCACAAUAGAAUAUUUAUUGUCUCCUGGAGGUGAUAUUAAGUAAUGGGUUGUUAAUGUCUGUUGCAUUACCAGCUCUUACAAAGUGAAAAUAUUUAACCACUUGGUAGAGGAGGUGAUAAUGUCUGCAUGGACCUCUUAAUAAAUAGAAUACAGUUAUAAAUGUGACAGUAAACAGAAGAAUUACUUAAAUUCCUUCUUGUGUGAGAUGCCAUGAUG